ACGUGGAGAAGGGACACACUUCCCAUGCCGGCAGUGAAGGGAGGAGGACUGUUUGAGAGGCACAGAUUAGUCAUUUCAGUCCAGGAGAAAAACAAAAACGUGCCUCCUUAGGAACCCACAACUACAGUUUUUGUGCACUUUACACAGGAUUAUCCUAACCUUUGGCAAUAUCUGGAAAAACAUUUGAAGUUUGCAGGAAAUAUGGAGGACUUCUACAGUGAGGAUUUGGACGGGAAUUUCAACGAUUCAUAUGAUUACGACUACGAACACAGCGUGUGUGAGAAAGAAUCAGUGCGUUUUUUCGGCAGCGUCUUCCUUCCCAUUAUCUACGCCCUGGCUUUGGUGGUCGGCCUAGCGGGGAAUGCCCUGGUAGUGGUAGUCUACACGUCCCGGUUGAGAAUGCGAACCUUGACUGAUAUGUGCAUCCUCAACCUGGCCAUAUCGGACCUGCUGCUACUCUUCACCCUGCCGUUCUGGGCUGCGGAUGCUGUCCACGGCUGGAAGCUGGGCCAGGUGGCUUGCAAGCUAACCUCCUUCCUCUACAGCACCAACUUCAGCUGUGGUAUGCUUCUGCUAGCGUGCAUAAGUUUGGAUCGCUGUCGGGCAGUAGCCCAAAACCCUAUGGGCAGAACUGGGACAAGCACACGACUGAGAAGGCAAUGGCUCCUUGUGUGCGCUGUGCUGUGGGCUUUGGCCAGCUUCUUUGGCCUUCCUGAACUUAUCUUCUCCACAGUGAAGAUAUCCCAUCAUCGAACCAGCUGCACUGCCAGCUACCCACCCAGUAUGGCGCGACCUGCAAAAGCUGCCCUGGAACUGCUGGAGGUGAUCCUUCGAUUCCUUCUUCCUUUCCUGGUCAUGGUGGUCUGCUACUCGUUAAUAGGCAGGGCACUAGCUAAGGCUGCUGGGGUGCGUAAAGAACGCAAGUGGCGAGCCCUGAGGGUCCUCCUCGCUGUUGUUGCCGUCUUCCUGCUCACCCAACUGCCCUACAACAUAGUAAAGCUUUGUAAAGCCAUGGACAUCAUCUACCACCUCGUCACGGACUGCGAAGUCAGCAAGGGCUUGGACCGCGCUCGCCAGGUGACGGAGAGCCUGGCACUCUCCCACGCCUGCAUCAACCCCCUCCUCUACGCCUUCAUCGGGUCUUCCUUCAGAGGACAUGUCCUGAAGGCUGCCAAGCACCUUGGACAGAGACUUGGAGGACAUUCAAGACAAGUCAACGAAGAGCCUGCGGUGGAGAUCGCACUCCACUCACCGAGUCACAACCAAUCUCAGUCUGGUUCGGAGGACCAGGACACCAGCACCUUCACUAUCUAAGACUACGUCAUGAACAUGUGCCAACAAUCUUUAUCGGUAAAUAUGUGCAAAAAGCCUUCAAAGAAAUGCAUCAAUGAUUAAAGUUGCAUAUUUUCAAACAAAAACACAAGCGAAAAGCUUUUAUUUUAGCUAUUUUCAUACCGUAAGUAGGGAAUACAUAUCUCAAAAUCAAUAUAAUUUGAUCAAAAUAGUCUUAUUUUGAAAAUAAACAUUCUUCUUUUUUUUAUUCAUUUAUUUUUCAUCUAAACAAAUAGAAAUCUAAAUAUACUGAACCAAACAGAAAGCUUUCAUCUCAAAGAACACAUAACCAGAUUGGCUUUGUGUUAAGUCUGUUGCACAAAGACAUGCGGCAGGAGGAAACUGAAAUCAAACUAUAUUUAUCUGUUUCCAAGCCACUCUUAAGACUUUUCUAAAUGACAAAUAAUAAAAAGAAAACCAGAAUCCUAAUCUUAAUAUCAUCAAAACAAUUUUUUAUUAAAACCUUUCCUGUGACGAACCUACUGCGAUAAAAAAUGAAUAUAUCCUAAGGCUUUUUGCACAUUAUUUCCACAUGUACCAAUAUAACUGUCUGUCACUGCAUGUAAGCAUAACUCAUGCCUAUUUUUACUUGAUAUAUAUGUCCAUGUAUUAACUAUCAUACAACAAGCUAGAAACAAGUAGCCACACAUAUCAACUCAUAGGCUAAAUACUAUGUAAAGUAAUGUUAUAUGCACUAAGCUAUGUUAUUUUGUAUAAAUAAUGUAUUUUCUUAAAUAAAAGAACAAAGCCUCCAGCAACAUGAAUCUGCUCCAAUUAAACACAGCUGAACCUCUCACUGCUCAGGGGAGCCGUUCACAGAAACUCCGAUCCAACUUUACAAUCAACUCUGUCUUCCAAAAGCUCAUCUGCGUCGCAUUUCAUCACAUCCUGCGGCUUUGGGUUGGGGAUGACAGAUGGCUCGGUUGCACAGUGGGUGACCCAUUGAGUCGGAAAACAUUUGGCAAGUAAAGACAGGACAGCUCGCAGCAGGAAGGACCCCUCCAUGCUAUCAGAGUAGUAAACAGCAAAGUUGUAUUUUCCUUAGAGGAGCUUAAAGUUUAACCGCUGUUUUUCAUCCAUUUAUAUUUGUUUAUUUCAAUAAAAUAAAGUUGAAAGAAUGAA